CUUGGUCGGGGUCCUCCCGGCCAUACGGGGGGGCUGUCGCCGUCUUGAGUCGCUCCUCUGCAGGCGCUACGUCACCACUUUUCGCCGAACGAGAUGACCGUCUGGCUCUUGAAGAUCCCGGCUAUUGACUGACUGACGCAACAUGAAGGAAGUGGUUCUCCUGCUUACAGCUUGUGUGCUUUUCCUCCUCCUGCCGAGCUCCUGUCAGGCGGCGAGACAAGGACAGGAUAUCCGAUGUGGAGCCUGCAGGGCUCUAGUGGAUGAGAUGGAGUGGGCCGUCUCCCAAGUGGACCCCAAGAAGAUGAUUCAGACCGGCUCCUAUAGAAUCAAGCCAGAUGGGACUCAGUCCAUCAAGGAGGUUCCUCUGGCACGCUCCGAGGGAAACCUCCUAGAGCUGAUGGAGAGCGUGUGCGACAGGAUGCAGGACUACGGCGAGCGCAUGGACGCCGUCACCAACAGGAAGUCCUACAUGAGGAUCAGAUCUCGCAAUGGCGAGGCCAUGGACCUCUCUGAGGCCACGUUGGACACCAGAAUCACUGGCAGUUUAAAAUUUGCUUGCGAGACAAUUGUUGAGCAGAAUGAAGACGAACUCAUCGAAUUCUUCUCUCACGAGACAGAAAAUGUCAAAGACAAACUCUGCAGCAAGAGGACAGACCUCUGCGACCAUGCUCUGAAAAUCCCCCAUGAUGAACUUUGACAUCCUUUCGCCAUGGCGACCCUCAGCGGACAACAGCGGGGCACGCCAUGGCAGUGGGGUGGAAGAUAACGUCAGUUAAGAAAAUCAUUUCAAAAUCCUCAGUUUCUCCUCCUGUUUGUCCCUCUUUGGCAUCUUCACCACGCAGUAAGUGUCCCACUUGACAGACCAAACUGAAACUGUGAAACUCAUAUCAGUCUUGGUCCAAGGCUUACCUGAUCUUUUUGACUGGUGCAGAGUCAUUUAGACGACCUAUUAUUUUGUAAUAAAUUAUCUUCUCAGCUGCUGGAUAUCUUCAAUCAAUGACAUAGCUGUACGCAGAAGGUAAAUCGCACAUCUUUCAGAUCAGAUCUAAAACCCCAACUUGUAGGCGUGAUGAUCAAUAACUUAGUACUUGUUGUGUCGGAAGACAUCUUUUGAAUGCAUAUUCCACAACUUUACACACUUGCCAAAUAUUUUGGUAUCAUCUGUUUUCUGUGUUUGAAUUCUGUGAACAAGCCUGUUUUUAUAUAAACUUUGUCAGUUUUCUGCA